AAACCUUUUUCUUUGCUUCACGACACACACACAGGAUCACCGGACACCAUGGCUGCACUCAAGGAGGUGGAUCGCCAGCUGGCUGAACUCGAAUGUGCACCCCGCAAGCCCGAGGAGGAGGAGUACAUCCAAGCUUGUGCCGAUGUGGCCACUGAGGAACAGCGCAAGCUUCUCUGUGAACACGACUACCUCACCUGCGUCCGUGGCUACGCCUCGUACGAACCCCGCAAGGAGGAGACCGUCAAAGCCUUCAAGAGCAUUCUCGACUGGCGUGACAAGGUCAACUACUACGAGUACAUGACCAAGCGCAUCGACGGUGACGCCGACUUUUACCAAAAGUGGCCCGAAUACAUUUAUGGCCACGACAAGUACGGCCAUCCCCUCGUCUCCCUUCACGUCGAGAAAAUCAGCACUGAUGCCCUUGCCGCCAUGGACUCGGAUCACAUGCUCCGUUUGCAGGGUCAAAAGCAGGCCUUUUACAGUGCUUACAAGAAGCAGCUCUCCGACAAGCUGGGCGAGCAGCGCUACAAGUACUCCCUCAUCGUCGACCUCAAGGGCAGCGGCAUGAACAUUCUCUACGGCCAGAAAAAGGCCGUCAUUCAAAAAGUCUUCAGCGUCGGUGCCGACUUUUUCCCCGAAAGCCUCUGGAAGAUUUACGUCAUCAACGCCCCCUUUGUCUUCCGCACGGUCUGGGCCAUGAUCAAGCCCUGGAUCCACCCCAUCACCCAAGCCAAGGUCAACAUGCUCGGCUCGGCCUCAGCCGCCGUCAAGAAGAUGCAAGAAGACGGCCUCGAGCUCGACGCCAUCCCCACCUUCCUCGGUGGCACCUGCGAGCCCGCAGAAACCUUUGACAAGCUCAUCGAAAUGAUCGAGCAAAACAAAAACCAUUCCGCCAUCAACCCCCUCUCCCUGACCCCGCCCGGCGCGGCCGACGCCACCGCCCCCGCCGCAUCAGGCAACGCCGCUAUGGACCCCACUGAAAAGGCCGCCGAAGACAUGGGUCACCUCGCCGUCGUAUAACCAAGUCUCAACUUGCCCCCUCAUCCCCGUUCAUCAGUCCCCUCUCCAACCUUUGCUACUCACACCCCCCGAGUGAGACAGAGUAGGGGCCUUGUGGGACAGAAGAGAAGAAAAAAAAUUGACCGAGUAUCCUUG